GAUAAUGUCAAUGUCAAGUCGGCAUGUGGACAAGAAAACACGUGAGGUAAAUAAACUGUGUUACCGAAGAAUUUCUUUGAAUUAAAACUAGUUAUUAACACCAUUAGUGUUACUGUAAUAAAAUAUGGUAGUAGCCACAAACAUGAAUAAACCUGUACUAAAAGUAUCAAUGGAUUCCGAUUCGGAAUCCUCAAGUGAGGAGGAAUCUGAAACAUCAGAAAACGAAAUUGAAAAUGGAGAUGAUGCACCAGAAGAACUAGAUGAAGACAUUGAAGAUGGAGUUGAAGCUGAUGCUGAAAGUGAUGCUUCAGAUGAAGAAGGAAAUCCUUCAGACCAAGGAGAAGGCCAUACCUCCGACGCAGAUGACAGCAAUGCUUCAGACCUGGAUGAUAGUAAUGCCUCAGGUGAAGAAGAAAGCAAAAGUGUACUAAUGACCAAUGAAGGAUGGGCCGACUCUGUAGCAAAAAUCCUGGGAUCAAGUAAACCGAAAAACAAGAAGACUUUAGUUUUAUCAAGAGCCAAGAAACAUGCAGACAUAGUCAAGACAGUUAAAGAAGAGAAACCAGCUUUUGAAAUUAUUGAUGAGAAAGGAGAAAAGAAACCAGUUGUCAAAAAGGAGGAGCCAGUAGAGACAAGUGAACCACCAGCUAAGAAAGUGAAACAUGAAAAAGCAUCAAUACGGAUGAAACCCAACAUCUUAGAAAAGGAUAGAGAGAGACUAUUAUCAAAAAUAGCUACAAAAGGUGUAGUUCAACUAUUCAAUGCUGUAAGAAAUCAACAGAAAACUCUUGAAAAAGAAAUGGACAGGAAUGACUUGUCGGAAGGUAAAAAGGAGAAGAUUUUAAAGAAGUUUGACAAGAGGACCUUUUUGGAUACUCUUAUGGGACAAAGCAAGUCGAUCAUUGUUGAUGAGGCAACUAAGGUUGCUAAGAAUGAGGUGAAAGACGAAGAUGCGCCAAAGUGGAGUGCUUUAAGGGAUGACUUUAUGAUGGGCGCCAAAAUGAAAGAUUGGGAUAAAGAAUCAGUGGAUGAAUGAAAAAACAAAUAUUUUUAAGUAUAUUAAUUAUUUUAAUAAAUAUUUUGUAAAUAUA